AACAUAUUCAUUGAUAUGCCUAAUAAACUGGAACCAAAAAUAAUCUCCAGAUCAGCAGAGAUGCCUGUCGACACUGAUGAAGUACUUUCCCUUGUGGUCGCAGUGUGCAGGGAGGAGGAAAUGAAUGUGGUCAUAAAAGAAACAUUUCUAGGGACGCUCUGGAACCUCUUCUUUAAGGCCGGGCCUAACAACUACGCUAGAGCUGGAUUAGUGGAAAGAGCAGAAUCUGACAACAAACCAAAAGAUAAAACCAAGAGAGUCGAGGUCAUCAUUGAGCAAGAUCUUGAGCCAGCACAGCGUGAAGAACUUGCAGAAUCUGUGACGGUAGCAGUGAAAGAUAUGGGUUUCAAGGAAAUGAGUGCUCACUGCAUAGAAGAGUGGUCUGUCAAAAGGCGGAUUAUCGAGGUGGUCAGAAGGUUUUUCGAGUUUCAGUUGAAUAUGGAGAUUGUGUAGGUGUUGCUGUAUUUCCCUGACCACCCACUGUGAUGCAAAUUUCACCUUUCACACACUUUGCCUCCAUGCUGACCAAGCAAGGUAUGCCAUCAACUUAUCUAACGACACCAUGCACCAUGUUUUUCUCAUAUUCUCCUUAUCAUUAUCAGAAGCGCAUUGUUUUCUUCCUUAUUUUUACAUUUUGUGGUAUUUGUCUGUAAUUUGUACCAAAUAAAUGGUAAAAUAUAUCUUUUAUCUAAAA